AUGGCACUUAAAACUAAAGAUAAUAGAAGAAAGUUUGAUGCUGAUAAUAUGCAACACAUAGUACGUUUAUUUAAUACUAACAUAGAUGGUACAAAGAAAGUAGCUUAUUCAAUAACUAAAAUCAGAGGAAUCGGUAGAAGAAUAGGUCAUGCUAUCACCACCCAGGCUAAAGUUGAUACUAAUAAGUUUGCAGGUGAACUUAACCAGGAAGAAAUUAAUAGACUGGUAGAUGUUAUUAACAAUCCUCUUGAAUAUGGUAUUCCUAACUACAUGUUGAACAACCAAAAGGAUUAUGAAACUGGUGAGGAUCAACAUUUAGUUGGUAUUAAGCUUGAUGGACUUCAUAGAAUGUUAAUUGAAAGAGGAAAAAAGCAUGGAGAAGUCAGAAAGUGCAGAUUAGCAAUGGGAUUGAAAGUAAGAGGACAACAUACAAAUGCUAAUGGAAGAAGGAAGAAAGUAUUUGGAAAGAAGAAAUAA